UUGGGAGGAGAGAGAGAGAGGAGGCAGUGGGUGGCCACUGUCCACUGCCAAUCUCAAAAAGCCACCCAACCCAACCCCUACGUUUCAUGCCUUUCUAUCUAUCUCUCUUCAUUUACCUAAAUUCCAUAUUCAUCCAUAAAUUAUUUAAUUCUUUCACGAUUCUUUCUUUACCUGUCGCAUUUGCACAAAGUUGGCAGGAGUUUCAGCAACAACACACAAUCCUAGCUUACAUACACAGGAUUUUAGAGUUGGACAAGGAUUGGGCAUUUGGAUUGAUCGCCGAAUGGAUUAAAUUAUAUCCGAAUCGAAUAUUGGAAAUUGGAAUACGAUAUGUUGGUUUGGAUUUUGGUGUGAGAGAGACAGAAUCGAGAUCGCGAGCAUUGGUAGGUCGAUCAUGGCGUCAUACAAACUCAUCAGAGAUGGCGGCGACGAAGGGACAUUGGAUCUGCGGGCGAAGAAUUGCGCUCUGCGCAUUGAUAACGGCGGCGGCCAUGGUGGCGAUGUUGAGUCUGCUUACUUGAAAAGCAAUACGCCUUCUUCUCGUCUCAAGCCGCCGGUUUUGGCCGGCGCUGGCGGUAAUGCUAAGUGCACUCCGCCGUCUGGCCGCCUAAUUUCUCUCGACGUUUUCCGCGGCCUCACUGUUGUGUUGAUGAUCAUUGUUGAUAAUGCUGGUAGACUUAUACCAUCUAUCAAUCACUCGCCAUGGAACGGUUUGACCCUGGCAGAUUUUGUUAUGCCAUUUUUCCUAUUCAUGGUUGGUGUUUCACUCGGACUUGUAUAUAAGAAUAUGACUUGUAGAGUUGCUGCAACCAAGAAAGCAAUACUCCGAGCAGGAAAGCUUUUAGUACUUGGGAUUUUUCUACAAGGUGGCUAUUUCCAUGGCCUUAGUAAACUGACGUAUGGCGUGGACUUGGAACAACUCAGAUGGAUGGGCAUAUUGCAGAGAAUUGCAGUAGCAUAUUGGGUUGCAGCAAUGUGUGAGAUAUGGCUUAGAAAUGAAGAAAUAGUUGAUUCCAGAAAAUCUUUGCUGAAGAAAUAUAGAUGGCAAUGGGCCACAGCUUUCGUGCUUAGUACAGUGUAUCUUCUGAUGUUAUAUGGCUUAUAUGUUCCUGAUUGGGAAUACCAUAUUCCCAUAGAAGCAUCUUUCAGAGCUGAGGUAUUCAAGGUGAAAUGUGGAGUACGAGCAAAUACAGGACCUGCAUGCAAUGCUGCCGGAAUGAUUGAUCGUGCAGUUUUGGGUAUUCAACGCUUGUACCGCAAGCCAAUAUAUGCCAGAACACAACAAUGCAGUAUCAACUCACCAGAUUAUGGUCCACUUCCUCCUGAUGCUCCCUCAUGGUGUCGAGCCCCCUUUGACCCAGAAGGACUUUUAAGUACAGUGAUGGCAAUUGUCACAUGCUUGUUAGGUUUACAGUAUGGACACGUUAUCGUCCACUUUAAGGAACACAAGAAAAGACUUUCUCUGUGGUCGUAUCCAUCAAUGGGCUUUAUGCUCCUGGGAUUGAUGUGUCAUAUCUUAGGGAUGCAUAUAAACAAGGCUCUCUACUCCUUCAGCUAUACGUGUGUUACGGUUGGCCUUGCAGGGAUUCUACUCGCUACAAUUUAUCUAGUGGUAGAUGUGCGUGGAUGGAGGCGGUUCACUAUGGUACUUGAAUGGAUGGGAAAGAACGCGCUACUGAUAUACAUUCUCGUAGCGUGCAACAUCUUACCCCUUAUUCUACAGGGGUUUUACUGGAAGGAACCUCAUAACAACAUACUAACAUUGAUUGGAAUCGGGAAACGUAAUUAUUGAGAAGUUGCGCAUUUUUGGUGAUACAACUGCGCCGGGAAGAUUUGAGUCAUCAGCCAAUCAUCUCUUUCACUGGGCAUAGUAGACGAGGGAGGCGAGGGGAGAGGUCUACUCGAGGCAAGUGCAGCAGCAGCCAUUUUUGUGGAUGCAGCAAGCACGUAUCGGAUUCAUGUACAAACACUUCUAAUACAUAUAUUGUAGUGUAAUCUAAGAGAAAGAAAUCGGUAAUUAGAUCUGAUAAUUACUCUGAAGAUGAGAUACAAAGCUGAAUCAUACAUACUGCCUUUGGGCUAAUAUUAAAGGUCCAAUUCAAGUUA